AUGAUUUCUCUCAUUCUUCUCCUCGCUGCCCUUGUCUUUUACCUCUUUUACCUCACAUACCAUCGCAUCAUAACCCCCUACUUCCUUUCCCCGCUAUCCUCAAUUCCCAAUGCGCAUUUAACAUCGCCCCUCUCCAGCAGGUGGAUCGACCACAAACGCAGCACAGGCACGGAAGUUCUAGCCAUCUACUCCCAACAUCAAAAACACGGCCCCAUCGUUCGUCUCGGCCCCCAUGAGAUAAGUGUGAAUUCACUUCAUGGCCUGAAAAUUAUAUAUACGGGCGCGUUUGAGAAACAUGCCUUUUAUAACGAUGUAUUCGUCAAUUUCAAUGCCGAAAAUAUGGUCGGAAUGCUGCACAAUGCGCCACACGCGCACCAAAAGCGCAUGCUGAGCAAGACCUACUCGAAAUCGUCUCUCCAGCAGUCCGAUGAUCUACACUUGAUCUCCAAAGAGAUAUUGCAUGCGCGCCUGAUGCCAAUACUCAAGGAGGCUGGUGAUAAUCAAGAGGUACUGAAUGUACUGCCGCUGUUCCAAGCUGUUGGGAUGGAUUUCACUUCCUCCUUCCUUUUCGGCCUGCGCCACGGGACAAAGUAUUCGUUGAGCAUUCCGGAAUGGAAGGUAUGGCUUGAGGAGUAUGAGCGCUUCAAGUAUAUGAGCCGUGGGGACCGGUAUAUGGGCUUCAUCGAGCGAUGGUGCAUUGGGCUCUGUGAGCAGGCGGAGGUCUCCAGAGAUAAGACCAAUUUGGGAGACGGUGGGGAAUCGCUAUCUACGAAUGCAGUCGUCUUCGAACAGCUCCGCCAGAGCCUCAUUGUCCAAAAGGAUCACGACCACCGUCCGUUGAAAUUGGCAAUUGCCUCUGAACUGCUCGAUCACCUUGUUGCAGGCCACGAAACUACGGGCAUCACUGUUACGUAUAUGAUGUGGGAAUUGUCCCAAAACCCGGAGCUUCAAUCAGAGCUUCGAAGCGAGCUGCUUGGCUUAUCGCCGUCUCUGGAAAGCUUCGAUAAAGACAGAGCCCAGUCGCUCCCCUCGCCUUCCGCCAUUGAUGCCCUUCCGCUGUUAGACGCUGUGGUCCGCGAAACGCUUCGCAUUCACUCACCAGCCCCGGCCCAACUUCCUCGAGUGACACCGGACACGAAAGAAGGCACCUCCCUACAUGGACAUGACAGUAUCCCAGGGGGCGUGAAGGUCAGUUCAACCGCCUACUCUUUGCACCGCAUUGGCGAGGUUUUCCCUCGCCCGCUGGAGUGGCUUCCUCGACGGUGGUUAGAGGCCGGUGAUAGAAUUCAUAAUAUGAGGCGUCUAUUUUGGCCCUUUGGGAGCGGUGGUCGCAUGUGCUUGGGAAGUAAUUUUGCAUUGCAAGAAAUCAAACUGGUCAUGGCAGCUGUGUACUCGAAUUACACGACGGUCAUCAUAGAUGAUGAAGGCAUAGAGCAGGAUUAUGCCUUUAUCUCACUGCCGCGCGGAAGAAAGCUCAUGCUAAAAUUCAUCCCCGUUGUCAGGUGA